AUGGCUGCAAGAAGCGCUCUUGCGCGCACGACGCCACGCACCCUCCUCGUACCACGUUACCUCUUGCCAGCAUGCCAGCCUGUACGCAGACAUGCCGGCCGGCGACACUUGUCAACAGAAACACGAAACGCUACCACGAAUGUCCCGUUUCAGACAAAUGUCACCAACUACUUCGCUCACCGCCACAUUGGUCCCAAUUCGACGGAGGAGACGGCCAUGCUUUCUGCACUCGAUCCGCCUGUGUCCGACGUCGAUGACUUCGUCUCCAAGACUAUUCCGAGUGACAUAAGGUUGGAGCAACCCAUGUCACUAAUGAGCUACAACCAGUCUGGGAAGCCCGAAUUGGUGGUCGCAAGGAACAUGAGACAUCUGGCAAGACAGAAUCGAGCCAUGUACACCAUGAUCGGUGCAGGCUACUACAAUACCAUCACGCCCGGCGUCAUCAAGCGCAACGUGCUUGAGAACCCCGCUUGGUAUACUAGCUACACGCCCUACCAAGCAGAGAUAAGUCAGGGUCGUCUGGAAUCAUUGCUCAAUUUCCAGACCAUGGUCACUGACUUGACUGGCAUGACCAUCUCCAAUGCCUCAGUCUUGGAUGAAGGUACCGCUGCAGCCGAGGCCAUGACGAUGGCAUUAAAUGCCCUGCCUGCCAGCCGUGCCAAGCUUGAAUCAAAGGCUUUUGUUGUUUCCAAUAAAUGUCAUCCACAGACAAUCUCAGUCUUAGAGACCCGUGCUAAAGGGUUUGGAAUCAACAUUGUGGUUGGAGAUUUGCUGGCCAACGACUGUGAGCUCAUCAAAUCUCAGGGCGAUGCACUCAUUGGCGCCUUGGCCCAGUAUCCAGAUACAGAAGGCGGUGUCUUCGACUUCCAGAACCUGUCCGACACAAUCCAUGCAACAGGUGGCACCUUUGCUGUGGCAACAGACUUGUUGGCUCUGACCAUAUUGAAGUCACCAGGCGAGUUUGGUGCGGAUAUUGCCUUCGGAAACGCACAACGUCUGGGCGUCCCUCUAGGCUACGGAGGCCCGCAUGCAGCCUUCUUUGCAUGUAACGACAAGUACAAGCGGAAAAUUCCUGGACGGCUUGUGGGUGUUUCAAAAGAUCGCUUGGGCAACAAAGCUCUACGCCUGGCAUUGCAGACCAGAGAGCAGCACAUCCGCCGAGAGAAGGCUACCAGCAAUAUCUGUACCGCCCAAGCAUUGCUCGCUAAUAUGAGCGCACUGUACGCCAUUUACCACGGGCCGGGUGGUCUGCGGAGCAUCGCCGAGAGUUGCGCUGCCAAAGCGCGCAUCAUGCAGAAGAUCUUGACAAGUAAUGGAUUCAAGGUCUCUACCAAAGGCACUCACGAAGAUGGCACAGUCUUGUUCGAUACACUCGUCGUCGAGAUUGAAGACCCUGCUAAAUGCAGCCAGAUUAUUCAAGACUGCUUCGACAACAGAAUGUUGGUACGCAAGGUCGACGACACCCAUAUUGGCCUUUCGCUCGAUGAGCGCGAUAGCUUCGCGACCUUUAUGAGGUUGUUGAAGGGCUUUGGUAUCGACCCGACGAGAUAUGCAGACCAGAUUAGAGCUGAGGUUGACGAGUUCGAUCUGCCAUCCAACCUCAAGAGGCAGACCGACUACCUCACGCAUCCUGUCUUCAACCAGCAUCAUUCCGAGACCGAAUUGCUCCGUUACAUCUACCAUCUGCAAUCAAAAGACCUCUCGUUAGUGCACUCGAUGAUUCCGCUAGGCUCAUGCACGAUGAAACUGAACGGCACCACUGAGAUGGAAGCUCUUUCGAAUAGUGCUAUGAGCGACCUGCAUCCAUUCCAGCCCAUCUCUACAGCCGCGGGCUACAAAACGUUGACUUCAAGGCUCGAGUCCGGCCUCGCGGCCAUUACGGGAAUGGAUGCCGUGAGUCUGCAGCCAAAUUCCGGUGCUCAAGGCGAGUUUGCGGGGUUGCGGGUCAUCAAAAAAUUCCACGAACUCAACAACGACGGCAAGGAUCGUAAGAUCUGCCUUAUACCAGUAUCAGCGCACGGGACUAAUCCUGCCUCGGCUGCGAUGGCUGGCAUGAAGGUCGUCACGUUGAAGUGCGACACCAAGACGGGCAAUCUUGAUAUUGCAGAUCUGCAGGAGAAGUGCGAGAAACAUAAGGACGAUCUGGCCGCAAUCAUGAUCACGUACCCGAGUACAUAUGGCGUCUUUGAGCCGGAGAUCAAGAAAGUGUGCCAGAUUGUUCAUGAUCACGGUGGACAGGUGUACAUGGAUGGCGCCAAUCUGAAUGCGCAGAUUGGACUCUGCAGUCCAGGCGACAUUGGUGCUGACGUCUGCCACCUGAACUUGCACAAGACAUUCUGCAUUCCACAUGGCGGCGGAGGCCCUGGUGUAGGUCCCAUCGGAGUGAAGGCACACCUCGCUAAGCACUUGCCGACGCACCCCUUUGUUGACCCUCACGCGAGCGAUGCUUCGGAGGAAGAGCGCAAGAUUUCAGCUAUCGCCCCCAUCAGUUCGGCGCCAUGGGGCAGUGCUUCCAUCCUCACAAUCAGCCAUGCAUACAUCGAACUGAUGGGAAGCACAGCACUGACCCACGGAACAAAGAUUGCCCUACUCAACGCCAACUACAUCAUGUCGAGGCUGAAGCCGCACUACCCCAUUCUGUACACCAACGAGAACGGCAGGUGUGCGCAUGAGUUCAUACUAGAUGCACGAGGUUUCAAGGCCUCAAGUGGUGUCGAGGUCGCUGAUAUUGCGAAGCGACUCCAAGACUACGGCUUCCACGCCCCAACCAUGAGCUGGCCAGUGGCGAAUACUCUUAUGAUUGAGCCCACAGAGUCAGAGUCGAAAGAGGAGCUCGAUCGGUUCUGCGAUGCCAUGAUCGAAAUUCGGAAAGAGAUCCAGGAGAUCGAAGACGGCAAGGUCCCUCGAGAAGGGAACUUACUGAAGAUGGCACCUCAUCCGCAGGUGGACUUGUUGAGGGACGACUGGGAUCGACCUUACACACGUGAGCGCGCAGCAUAUCCCCUCCCUUGGCUCAAGGAGAAGAAGUUCUGGCCGUCAGUCGCACGAGUUGACGAUGUGUAUGGCGACUCACACCUCAGUUGUACUUGUCCGCCGAUUGAGAGCUACGAAGAGGAGUCGUGA